GGAGUGGGCGUGGCCACAGUGGUCCUUGCUUCAAUCUUCAUCUCUAAGAACGGUGAAUAUGGAAGCUUGCUUGCUAGCGGGACCUUCACGUUGCCGAUUUGUAUCCUGAUCGCUGGACUCUGCAUCCUCCUCUUGGGCUUCUUCGGUUGUUGCGGCGCCUUGAAAGAAAACGCCUGUAUGCUUCACACAUAUGCGACUAUCGUCCUAAUUUUGUUUAUCGCUGAAGUGGUCCUGGGCAUCCUGAUCUUCGUUUACACCGAUGAAGCUGAAGAAAUCGUUACUAAGGGAAUGGAUAAGGUCUUCAACGAGUACGGACAGCAGGAUGAAGCUCUCACUAAAUCCCUUGAUCUGGCUCAACAAAAGCUUCAGUGUUGCGGAGUUAACGGAUACAAGGAUUGGCUUAACUUUACCUUUGGAAACGGGACGGGUAAUGUGGCCAUGGGUUGCUGCAUAGAACAAACUAACAAUUGCUACGAAGGAGUGGCAUAUGAAACGGAGGAAACGGCAAAAAAAACCGUCUACAUUCAAGGAUGCUAUCAAGCUGUCAAGGAUGAUCUGCAGAAUGUUGUGGUUGCUUUGGGAGUUACCACUUUAAUUCUUGGUCUCGUUCAACUUGCAAGCAUUAGCUGUGCUUGCGGUCUUGCCAAGAAUUCCAGGGGAUACGCGUAAAGGGAGGGAGGCGACGGCGCCGGGACAACCCUUUCUUCAUACCUUCUGUUGGAACCCGCGACAGACUUUUAUGUGGUGAAUUUUCCAUAUAUAUUUAAAAUAUUUUAUCUACAAAUCGAUAAUGGAUGAAAUAAUACACCUUACUAAGACUACUACAGAUUUGUAAUAUUUUAAUUCUCUUCUAUACCAGAGAACAGGAGGAACCCAAAUGUCCAUAAAUACCCACUUCCAGUACCUAAUUACUUUGAUUGUCUUGAAUUUGGGCUAAGAUUUCCUAUUUGAUUAAAUCUUAGGAGAUGGAAAUCGGUGCUUGUUUUUUCUCCCAAUGAUUUCUAUUUUGUGCACUCCUCAAUCGUGUGGCGAUUUGUGGAUUGCAAUGGAUGGACGUAGAUUCCAAAGUGAUUUAAUAAAAGCUUCCCAUAUUUUU